UAGAGCUUAACCUCGCGUUAAUCGAUGAUGAAAUAUUCUUAGUCAUCAAAAUUGCUAAACUAAAAAUUCUAAAAAUAAAGGAAAGACACGUCAGGAAAGUUGACUAUAAAUUUGCAAUAAUUUCAUCAAAUGACAAACUUUCGAAGAACAUCGAUGAUUUUAUUUAAACAUAUCUGAUGAAAUUUAUGGAAAACAGAAUGCAUACUUUAUUCCUGUGCUGUGUAGCGGCUCAGUUUGUGAUCAUCGCCAGUGCUGCAAGGUCUGACCAGGUAUUAUUAGAUGAUGUGAAGGUCAUCACUUUGCAUUACGGCCAGAUGACAAAGGCCCGGCGGUCCUCAGCUGUUCCUCAGCUUAAAUGUGUGGGAGGGACUGCAGGGUGUUCAGCAUUCAAGCCCCAGACAGUGCAAUGUUACAACAGGGGCUCCGAUGGAUAUGAUAUACAGUGGGAGUGUAAGACGGAUAUGGAUAAUGCGUACAGGUUCGGCAAGCUUCAGGUGUCAUGUGAGGGCUACAGCUACCCAGAUGACCCCUACAUUCUCAGCGGUUCCUGCGGGUUGGAGUACACACUCGAUCUGACGGCGGAGGGUAUGGAAAAAAAGAAUGCUGGUAGCCAUGGUAACCAAUAUCAACAACAUGACUAUGGGGAGAGCUACCAUGACAGAUCACAUCAAAGCUACAACAGCUACAAACACAAAGCCUCCUCCAUAUUUAGUGACCUUUUCACCUUGGCCAUAAUAGCAGUAGUUAUCUACAUGAUAUACAAGUGUGUCAUGGCCACACCCAGUAACCCUCCUGAUGGUCCCCCACCCUCCUAUGAUGACACAUUUAGGUCACAACAUCCUCCAGGCAACCAGCCCCCACCCUAUGGAUUCAGAGAGGAUUACACAUCUGGUGGAAAACAAGACUCAUGUUCAUCAGGCUUCACAAGAAGGCCCACACCGACAGCACCACCCUUCAACGGCACCAACACAGGAACUCCCACAGGGGCAGCUGGGUCAACAGGGGGUGGGUUCUGGUCAGGGGCCUUCACCGGUGGUCUCCUAGGUUACAUGUUCGGCAACCGUAAUAGCACUCAUUAUGGGUACCAGAGGCCCCGCACAAGUUGGUGGGGGGGUAAUGGGUAUGGGAAUGGAGGUGGUUGGGGGACAGGCUGGGGGAAUGGAGGUGGAUGGGGAUCUGGGUGGGGAAAUGGUGGUGGAUGGGGGUCUGGAUGGGGGUCAAGGACAAAUACAAAUUCUCACAGAUCAUCAGGAUUUUCGACAAGUACGUCAUCUGCUCCCAGAAGCACAGGAACAAGAACAGCAUCGGGUUUCGCGAGCACAAGCAGGAGAUAAAGGGAUAAUUUGUGUUGUUGUGUAAAAUAAGCUGAAAAGAUACAGCCGUAAAAAGACCUGUGAUGAGGGCAACCCCACCCUUUUAUUUUUUUAUUUUUAGUUGUUGACCCUGAAAUCCAUUCCUAUUGAUUACAACUAAAAACUUGAUAACAUCUAUGAAGCAUCUUUGGAUUGAUCAUCUGAGCUAUAGUGACGCCAUGUUCAGACACAAGUGGGACUCUUGUAUAAAAUACUUUUGAGUUGAAAGAAUAAUCAUUUUGUGUAUUUAGGGUGUUGAAGUGACUAAGUAUUAACAAAUCUAAUUGACAAAUUACUGAAAUUUUACAGUAAGCAUUUGCUUGGCUGUUUUAAUCGAACAGUAUCUAAACUACCUAGCUUUUUUGCGAAUGUAGCCCCAAACCCAGAUAUAUUAUUUAGGCCUGAUUUGGCCAUUCUUAUUAGUAUAAUUUGAACCCAUUGGUCGAGAGAUAUUUGAUGGAUAAGUCAUUCCUGCUGGUGAAAUCCCAUCAGUGUUGGGAUUGUCAUAUUAUUGAUGUAUUAAAACUAAUCCAUGUGCUUACAAUUAUUUGAAAAUGAUGAACAGCAAUGUAAAUAACACUAGCUCCAUAAAUGAAAUUUGUCUCCCCUUGCUUGUAUGUUUUUUUAACCUGUAAUACUGUGCUCUGCUCUGAGUUAACUUGGUUCAUUAAAUUGUUAAUAAUAUUCUUAAUUGAAUAUUGUGAUUUAUAUCAGCUCUAUCUUUUUGGAAUAUUGGUUUCUACGGUACAUUAAAUGUAAAUUAAUGUUUAUGUCAUGAAGUAUUGAUUUAUUUACAGUUGGGCUAUUACAAGUUUAAAGUUGAAAAUGGUUUGACUAUAGACUUAUAGCGCUCUUGUGUGAAAUUGAUUUUGUGACAUUAUUCAUUUUCUCAAAGUAUGAAAAAUGAUUGUGAACCAAAUUCACAUUCUUCUUUAACAAGUUAAUUUAUGCAUUUCAAAAUUCAAGUAUUUCUUACGUCUUUUCACAACUUUAGAAGUGCAAUGAAUAGAUUUGUGCCAGAUGUAAAUAAGCUGGGUUUUGUUGUUGACAUGAACUGAGUUAUAUCAAUCCAGUGUUUAUUCCCCCCAAUCACAAUUAAUAUUAUUUUUUAUACUUUUUGCACAUAAGUAAUAGCUGAAUUUAUGGAAUUUACGAAUUAUAAAUAGAGUAUUUUGUCCACUUCGUGGAUAUUUUUUCUGUCUCCCAUUAUCACACUGAAAGAGUGUCUUUAAACAAUAGCUGAUUUUAUUUUGAACAGUGCUAUACAUGGUGUUAACAUGAGAGAGUGUAAUGUAGUUCUCACUUUUCUGUUUUCUUAACCUGAAAUUGGUUUAUCAUGUAUCUGCCUAUAUACACAAUUUCAUAUUCAUAUGUUUGUGCGUUUUAUGUUGAUAUUAUUUUUAUUUACUUUUGUCUGUGUUCUGAAAUAUAAUCUGGCAGUCUGGAUUGCCUGACCAUAUCACUUUGUUAAUGGUUUCUUACCAUGUGGUACGCCAGGUACCAAACAAUAUAGUCUGGUUUCUGUUAAACUUAAAGUAUUUUUAACAUGUAAAUUAUCUUUAUUUUGAAAAUAAACCUAUCAAAUAACAAA